AUGUCCGAGCUGUCGACGCAAUCGCGAGCGAUCACCGUUCAGCAUUGCGCGAAUUCGGAGGCUCUAGAUCAGGAGCUCAGACGAUUCUGGGAAAUCGAAGAAACUCCUCGACAGGCUCUCCUCAGCCCUGAAGAGCAGCAAUGUGAGAAGCAUUUCACAGCCACGCAUUCGCGCGGUGCUGACGGUCGAUACACAGUGCGCCUUCCGUUUAAGAGCGGUCCGCCGAUCGACAUCGGCGAUUCGCGCCACACGGCUGAACGCUUCCUGCGAGGAUUGCAUCGUCGCUUCCUUCUACAUUCCGACCUUCGUGCGGCCUACGCCGAAUUUAUGCACGACUACGAAUCAUUAGGACAUAUGAACGAAGUGAAGAGCGAUCAAGUUGCCUCGCAGGAAGUGUAUCUCCCUCAUCAUCCUGUCAUUCGCGACAGCAGCGUCACGACAAGAUUGCGAGUCGUAUUUAACGCGUCGAGUCUGACGACCAAUUCAACGUCGUUGAAUAAUCACUUGCUCACCGGGCCAAAGUUACAAGCGGACUUAUCGGCUGUCAUUCUGCGCUGGCGACAGUUCCGCUACGUUUAUGCUGCCGAUAUAACAAAAAUGUAUCGCCAAAUAGUUAUGGACCCGCGUGACAUCGAUUACCAGCGAAUUCUAUGGAGCGGCGCUCCUUCAGAACCCGCUCGAGCUUAUCAGCUCACUACUGUCACAUACGGCACAGCCUGUGCGCCAUUUUUAGCGCUACGCGUCAUUCGUCAGCUUGCUCAAGAUGAGGGUAGUUCUUUCCCACUCGCUGCUAUUGUUCUGCAGCAAAAUACUUAUGUCGAUGACAUUCUCUUCGGGGCGGACGACAUACCUCUCCUUCGUCAAGUUCGCGAGCAGGUAUGCGCGUUGCUUCGUCGAGGCCGAUUCGAGCUGAGAAAAUGGGCGAGCAACUCUUCUCAACUCCUCAGCGAUAUCUCUAGCGCAGAUCACGGCCUAGUUUGCGAUAAAAUGCUUCAAACAGAUGACCAUCUUAAAAUUCUCGGCAUCCGGUGGAAUCCGUCCUCUGACGCCUUUCAAUUUAACGUCACACUUCCGCAUUCCGAGCAGACUACCAAACGGUCGAUCCUUUCAACUAUCGCGAGAUUGUUCGAUCCGUUGGGGUGGAGUACUCCGGUUACUGUUGUCGCGAAGAUUUUCCUUCAGAAACUCUGGCAGCUCAAAAUCGGAUGGGACGACGCGCUUUCCACUGACAUUCUCGAUCGCUGGGACUCCAUUUGCUCAUCUCUCGCCGCUCUGCACGGUCUUCAAUUGGACCGCUGGAUUCAACGCGGUGCAGAUAGCGUCAGAUGCGACUUACACGGUUUUGCAGACGCAUCUUCGCACGCUUACGCUGUCGCCGUGUAUAUUCGAACAGUUUCGUUAUCCGGUGAAAUAACAGUACGAUUGUUAAUCGGAAAAUCAAAAGUCGCGCCGAUAAAAACAUUAAGUAUUCCACAGCUGGAACUCGCCGCUGCCGUGUUACUCGCGAAACUAAUCGAUUUUGUCAAAUCAUCCCUGCAUCUCCCUGCAGAUUCUUGCCACUGUUGGACCGAUUCCACGGUAGUUCUCGCGUGGGUGGCGCAACAUCCAUCAAAGUGGAAGACGUUCGUCGCGAAUCGCGUCUCUGAAAUACAAUCUAGACUCCCAAACGCGCAAUGGAGACACGUCCCCACUGAUCACAACCCCGCGGAUUGCGCGUCACGCGGUAUACCCGGUGAGAAUUUUACCUCUCACACGCUCUGGUGGCGGGGACCUGCUUGGUUACAUUUUUCUGAAUCCGAAUGGCCGGCGCCAUUCGAUUCGUCUCUUUCGAUGCCCACGAUGGAGCGAAAAGAAAACGCGGCGUCUCAUCUCGUGUCGCGACGAAAACCAUGGGACCUUGCCGCACGGUACUCUUCGUGGCCGCGUUUAAUUCGUGUCACCGCCUACAUCAUGAGAUUCAUCUCAAAGCUUAAAAGACACUCGGUGCCGCGCGACACAUGCGACGAAGGCUCCCGGUCAAUUUCCGCGCUCGAAUGUAGAAAAGCACGAGACUUUUGGUUGUUGCAAAUUCAAUCAGAAUUAUUCGCGCGGGAAAAGGAAUCUUUGUUGCAGCAACGUUCGAUUCCAGCAAAGAGUGCAUUGUUGUCUUUCACGCCAUUUCUCGGCGAAGACAAACUAAUCCGCGUUGGCGGGCGGCUGUCGCGUGCCCCCAUGCGGUUCUCCGAAAAACAUCCUAUAAUCUUAGCUGCACAUCCUCUUGUGAACCUCCUCGUGCAGCACGUGCAUUUAAGAUCUCUUCACGCGGGGCCUCAAUUAACUCUAGCUACUCUUCGUCGAGAGUACUGGAUAUUGCGUGCUCGAAAUAUCGUCAAAGCUGUCGUUUUCCGCUGCGUAGUAUGCACGCGUGAAAAGGCAGCUACUCCCAAUCAAUUGAUGGGAAACUUGUUUUCGGUGCGCGUUUCUCCUCCUGCGCGCGCAUUUAUUAAUUGUGGUCUCGAUUAUGCUGGUCCCGUUUUAAUCAGAUCAAUGUCGGGACGCGGUGUCGCUUCCCGCAAAGCCUACAUCUCCAUCUUCGUCUGUAUGGCCACGCGAGCCAUACAUUUAGAAUUAGUCGAGAGUUAUUCCACUCCAGCCUUCUUAGGCGCCUUUUCAAGAUUCUGCUCCCGACGUGGCAUGCCUGAAUCAGUCUACUCUGAUAAUGGAACCACUUUUGUAGGCGCCGAUCGCGAAUUGGCCGCAUCAUUUCGAGCCGCGCUGCGCGAUCCAAAUUUUCAAAAUAGUGCCGCUUCCGACGGGGUGUCAUGGCACUUUAUGCCUCCAUCCGCGCCUCACUUCGGCGGACUAUGGGAGGCCGGGGUUCGCAGUGUCAAGUAUCAUCUUUGCAGAAUCGUCGGUUCACACACUCUUACGUUCGAAGAGUUCACAACGAUUCUCUGCAACAUUGAGGCCUGCCUAAACUCGCGCCCUAUCGCGCCUCUCACCGAUUCCGUCGACGAUUGCGAUUCUCUGACGCCCGGUCAUUUCUUGAUCGGAUCCGCGAUUACGAUCGCGCCUGAACCCUCUGUACUGCAUCUAGAUGAGAACCGCUUGACGCGCUGGCAACUUGUUCGCCAGCUCACCGAACGUUUCUGGAAAAUCUGGCAGCAGGACUACAUCAAUACCUUGCAACAACGCGUCAAAUGGAAGCAAGUUUCGAACAACGGAGUUCGCGUCGGGUCGCUGGUCCUGUUACGCAAUUCUCUCCUUCCGCCUUGUAAGUGGGACUUAGCUCGCGUCAUCCGACGUCACCCGGGUCCAGACGGUUUGAUUCGCGUCGCGACGGUGAAAACCGCGACUUCCGAAUAUACUCGGCCUAUUGUCAAAUUAUGCUUACUUCCGAUAGACGUCGAAAGCCUGGACAACCUUACGUAA